AUGGAAAGCAAAGGAAAUGGAGCCACCAAUCCCCACCAAUCCGAAGAUUCAAACCAACCCUUAAUAUUGCCUGACCUCCCCUUUGAAGUAAUCACUGAGAUCCUCCUAAGGCUACCAGUCAAAUCCCUUUUGAAAUUCAAAUGCGUUUCGAAAUCGUGGCUGUCCCUAAUCUCAAGCUCUCAAUUCAUCAAAGAUCACCUCUGUGCUUUCAGCUCAUCAGAGGAUGGAGAACAACUACAGCUGCUCACUGUGGGAAUUGAUCUCACAGAUUGUUAUCUCAAAGAUUGCUCUCUUGCCUCUUUGUUGCAUGAAGGGCAGCCUGCAAAUGCAGCUGAGGUUGAAAUUGAUUGUCCACCUAGUCUUCGACUGAGUAGGUACUUUAACGUUGUGGGAUGCUGUGAUGGGCUAUUUUGCAUUGAUUGCAUGAGAACAGGUGUGUUCUUGUGGAACCCAUCCACUAGAAAAUCCAAGAAAUUGCCCAGUUUUAGUAGCCCAACAGUGGACCUACUUAAGGAGGAAGAUUACUACCAAGUAUAUGGUUUCGGAUAUGAUAAGGAUCGUGAUGAUUAUAAAGUGGUGAAAGUUGUCUGCUCCUUAGAUGAAGAUUAUCGUCCCUCAGGGUCUGAAGUUUUAGUUUAUAGCGUAAAGACUGAAUCCUGGAAGAGCAUUGGGGAGUUUCAAGGUGGUUUCCCUAGUGUGGGGGGCUGCGGCUGUCUCGUCAAUGGGAGGCUCCACUGGGAAUUGCAUAAUGCAGGCUGGGAUUUCAAGGUUGUUUUUCUUGAUUUAGCAACAGAGACGUUCGGUUCUCUUGACUUAGCACUAAAAACAAAUGGAGGGACAGGGAUAUCAGGCCGUAAUGGUUUUCGAUCUGAUUUGGGAACUUUUGGAGCGAGUCUUUGUUUCGUUUGUAAGAAUUAUAGGGAUCAUUUUGUAGAGUUGUGGGUUAUGAAGGAAUAUGGGGUUGGAGAAUCUUGGACUAAGGUCCUUAGUGUCCCGGUUGACAAGACAAGACUUGUGUUUAGAGCACUGUGCAUUCCAGGCAGUGAUAGAUUUUUGGUGGAGCUUAAAGAUGAACUCAGACUCUAUGAUCCAAAAGAUGACUCCUUCAGGCUUCUCCCAUGGUCUGGUAAUCAUACUGUUCCUAGAAUUUUUGUCCAAAGCCUGGUUUCACCCAACCCAAAUGCAGCUGCAGAGAUGCAUCAACAACACUAGUUGCCAGGAAACUUAAUUACAAGGGA